AUCUGGGGACCUUGGAACAAUUUGGCCGGAUAGCAUGUGUACUUUACGUACAUAGGCAAGGGCCGUAGUCUCCCCCGCCUGUCGUUUUAUUCUUUUUUUGUUUCUUGAUCUUUUCGCCAUAUAUGUCCAAUACAGCUGAGAUCUGGAGCGCCCUGGGACUUCCGGCGCGAGCAGCUGCUCGCGUUCUGCUAGCGCCACGCUAUUUGAUCAAUGGCUUUUCGCGCCUUCGUGAGUGGAACGACAAUGCGUGGGCGCGAGCACGGUACGGGCCGUCGUAUCGCUACCGUCUGUGGUUGCUGUUUGAUGCGCGGGAUCUGGAGGUGCUGGAACAUAUAAUCAAUGAAGGUACCGAUAAGGAGGUGCUUGAGUUGCGGGAAGCAAAGUUGGAGCAGUUUAGGCUUGUGGCUUUGGUUGGCGCGUUGCUAGCAACAUUAGCACUCCAGGCAAUGUCGCUGCCUGAACUUUCUAAUACGACGUUUGUCGUACGUUCUUGCUUUACACAAGGCACUAUGCUCUCCCUACUCGCUACAUUUUUCACCUGCAUCCAGCAACGCGAACUAGGCUUCGUUCGCACCGCGUCUGCACUGCGUAUAUGGCUUUCCAACGGCGUCCAGUAUCGCGAUUCUCGUGAGCAUCUCGUAUGGCAGAGUUCGCUUACUUCUCUGACGCUAAUGGAGGCGCCUUAUGAGCUGAUCUCGCUGGCUGUCACUAACUUCGUGUGCGGUAUGUCGGCAUACAUGUGGAGCGCUUGGAAGGAUAGUUUGCCAUUGCAAAAGGAGGGAGAUGCGUUGCGGAGAAUGGCGGUGCUGGUGUAUUUUGCGGUUGGGACCGGCUUUGCUUUUACGCUUUUCCCUGUGCUGCUGGGGGGCAAGGAUGAGGAAGGGAAGCUCGGUUGUAUGGAGAUGGAUAGUUUGGUAGAAGGGCAAGGCCAUGGCCAAGGAAUGUGGGAUGAGGGAAGGGUAGAGGUUCAGCAUAAGAGGGGUCGGUAGUGUGUGUCGUCAAUCAUCAUGGGAAAUGCAAGUUUUCGGUUAUUUGAUCAAAAUAUUGGGUGUAGAGGUAAGCUGAAUGCUGAGUAAAAGAGGCUUGCUGUGUACUUCUAUGUAGGGAAUUUCAGUCCGAGUUGUCCAAAUUUCUGGUAAGUCAUUCCAGUUGAGCACAAAUGGAAUCUUCACUAGGUCAUCCUAAGCGAUUGUUGCGAUGAUACGGGCAAGUCUUCAAUUUACGGCAAGGCUACUGGUUGAUCUUCCUAAAUCUACAAAGUACAACUACCCUAUGUUCACUAUGUAAUCGUAUGUCGGUAGAAUAGAAAGAGGUAAAAGUUGCAGAGGC